GAAUGACCUAAUUAUUCAAGAACAUUUUGGAAGAGAUUUGUGAAAUUUUCAGGGUUAAUCAUGAACCCUCAUCACAAUUCCAAUCAAAAUCCAGCAGCUGCUUCAGCAGUUCAACAGGUUAACUCAGUCAUUAAUCAGCAACUGUGCAAUGGUAAUGCUGGAGGAUUAUAUCCCAAUACUAGGCCAAUUGUAGCUCCAUCUGGUUUCAUGAAUUUCCCUAAUCAGCCCUUUCCCUUGCAAAAUACUAUGGGUCAAUUCCCCAAUGGUAUUGGUGGAUUCAAUCCACAGCAGAAUUUUAAUCCCUUUCCUGUAAACCAGUUUAAUCCUUCUCAACAGCAACAGGGCCAGUUCUUUGCACACAAUUCCAUGAAUCCUAAUGCAUACAACCAAAAUGUUGGUUUACCUAAUGAGCAAGUCAUUCUGCAGAAUACAAUCCAAAAUAUCUGUCAGCUUCUCCAAUUACAAAACCGUGAUUAUACCCAAUGUCCUCCUGUUAAUUUUCCCAUGUUCCAGAACCAGAUUGCGAAUGUUAUGGGUCAUCAAAAUCCAGGCUUUCAUGCAAAUCAGCAGUUUGGGUUGUCUAAUGCUAAUGGCCCUGUCCAACAUGCCAAUCAAGGGCAACAGAGAUUUGUUUCGCCAAUGGAUGGCAAUGUUUCGAAACAGUUACCUAAUAUGGGCCAGCAAUUACAAGGGAACCCGUUUUUACCCCAUGCUCCUGGUUCAGUUCAAACACAGCAAGCACUUGCUACUGUCACAAAUUUCCAGCACCAGAUUGCUCAAGGUAUGGGUCCUCAAAAUCACAGCUAUCCUCAGAAUCAGUUGUUUGGCAUGGCUAAUUCAAAUGGUCCUGGGCAACCUGUUAAUCAAGGACAACAAAGAUUUGUUGCACCAAUGAUGGAUGUGAACGCUUCAAGACAGAUAGCCAGUACGGGUCAGCAAGGGAGCUUGCUUUUACCCCAUCCUUCUGCUUCAGUUCAAAAACAGAACCCGUGCCCCACUCUCGCGAAUUUUGAGGACAAUCAUGGAAACAUACCUGCCAACGGUAAUGCCAAAUGGACUGAGUCUCAACGCAAGAACUUCACAGGGCAUAAAAGGAAUGAUCUCUCACACAAGGGAUUCAAGUCCCAGUUUCAGCAUGCAAAACACGUGAAAGAGAAGUUUGGGACCUACAACGGCAAUACGAAUAAAGAGGGUAACAAUAAUGCUGCAGUAAAUUCUGGUCCACGAAAUUCCACCAAUCAGAUUCAUUCUGAAAAGAAGUAUUGUGUGAAGUACACCGAGCAAGAAGUUAAGCAGUGGCGUGAGGCUCGUAAGAAGCACUACCCCUCAUCUGCGAAUGUGGAGAAGAAGUGUAAGAAAGAACAGGCAUUGUCUGAUGUCACCAACCAAGGAGCCAUGUUACGUCGCCAGCAAUUGAAGGAAAUAUUGACAAAACAGGCUGAGUUGGGUUGUGAAGUUGCUGAUAUUCCGUCAUAUUAUUUAUCUGUCUCCGAGAAACAAAUCCCAAGAGGGAAAAAACACGAAAGGGAACAGUAUAAGAAGGGGAAGAAGUUCCGUAACAAAAGAGGAACACAACUUGAGGAUGAUGAUGACCGAAUCACCAAGAAAACAAGGCCAGGAGGCCAAGAUCCACAUAAGCCAAAACAGCGGGAACCAUCGCUUUUGCAAAAACUUUUGACUCGAGACAUUAAGAGAGACAAAACCCAUCUUUUGCAGGUUUUCAGGUUCAUAGCAGCCAACUCUUUCUUCACUGGGGAGCGACACGAGUCUUUGAGAUUCCCAUCUGUAAUUGUGAGAGAAACAAAUGCUGAUGUGGCUUCAGAGACGACUUCUUCUGUUUGCAACGUUUCCGAGAAGGCGGUUGAUGUCAGAUGUGAUGACGGAAAAUGUAAUGGUGAAGUGUUGCUCGAGGAACCAGAGGAAGAAGGAGAAAUCACUGAUUGAAAGGCUUUAAUUGCGAUAUAUGUAUGUUUUGGACUAUAUAUCCAUGUAGGCUUGUUUAGUUUUGAACACGCGAAGAUGCUGCUAUUUUUCGUUAAGAAAAACACCCUCGAAUUUGUUGCAGCGCUGGACGUUAUGAAGUUGUGAUUACUAGUUAGGUAUUUGCUGUUUUAACGGCUCCGAUGUUCAUAAUUUUCUUGCAAAAAAUGAGUGUU